GACUAUUUUUUCAGUUCUUUUUUUAGCUAUUGAUAUUUUGUAAUGUGCAUUUUUUUUUUUUUGUUUAAUUUUUUUAUAAAAACAAGGGGAAAAAGGCCUAGGAUAGACCAAAUCAGUCCGGUCCUCGUUGGGAUAAGUCCAGUUUUCGGUCCAGAAAUUUGCCAAAAAUUGGUCCUGGUCCAGUCUGGUCCAAACCAAAUGAACACCCCUAAAUGCAAGGCCAUUAGUACAUAUUGUUGUACUGACCGUUCUGAAAUCUUCCCUUGCUUCUACUUCUACUUUAUACUAGUAGUGCAGGGCAAAAGAAACAGAGCAAGCUGGAUUAUUAUUUAUGUGCCUCUCCGUUGGUAGCUAUUUGAAUUUCGUUGGUGGUGACGCCAAUUCAAGCAUUCAUGCUUUCAGUCCCAAUUUCAUUACUUGCCUCCUUGUCAAAUUCUUCGCUUCAUCGCUUUCCCUGUAAGCCUGCCGUCAAUUUUCACGAGUUCUUUUCUGGAAGAGUGCGUAAAUUGAAUUUGGCUACAUUCAGCAAUGCUGCAAUUGCUCAAUCUUUUGAUGGAUACCCCAUUGAAGAACAUGAAAUCGAACAUGAAAUCAAUGCGGUUAACAUGUCAAGGCCAAUGGCAUUUGAUUUUCUUAAUUUGAUGGAACAGCGUGAUGUGUGCGCCAAUCAUCAGACCUACUUGUGGCUCUUGGAAGGAUGCCUCAAGUCUAGGUCUUUCAUUGAAGUUAAGAAGCUUCAUGCUAGGAUCCUCAAGUCUGGCUUCAAUGGGGAUUGUGUUAUUGGCAGCCGGCUCAUCAAUGGUUAUGCCACUUUUGGUAACAUAGAUGAUGCAGUACAGGUUUUUGAUAAUAUAUCUGACAGGAGUACAUCUACCUGGAAUGUAUUAAUGUCUGAAUUUUCUGGAAAGGAGCUGAAUGGUGAGGUGUUGGAGCUAUUCUCACGACUGCUAAGAGAAAAUGCUAUUCCAGAUGAAACCACGUUUCGACAUGUUCUAAGGGCUUGCCUUGGUGAUCAAGUUACCUUCUGGUAUGUGGAACAGAUUCAUGCUAAGAUUAUUCGACUUGGUUUUGCUACAAGUCCCCUUGUUUGCAAUCCUUUGAUUGAUUUGUACUCAAAGAGGUUUGUGAAUUCUGCUAAAAUGGUCUUUGAAAAAUUAUCUUUGAGGGACAAUGUUUCUUGGCUUGCUAUGAUAUCCGGUUUAUCUCAAAAUGGACAUGAAGAAGAAGCAAUCAUCUUAUUCCAAGAAAUGUACAGGUCUGGAAUAGUUCCUACUCCAUAUAUUUUUUCAAGUGUCGUAAGUGCCUGCAGCAAAAUACAGUUACUUGACAUGGGAAAGCAGCUUCAUACCCUUAUAUUUAAAUGGGCAUUUGAAUCUGAAACUUUUGCAUGUAAUGCACUUGUCACACUGUAUUCCCGUUGUCAUGACUUUGUAUCUGCUGAACAAGUUUUCAGCAAAAUGCAAUGCAGGGAUGAAGUUUCAUAUAAUUCGCUCAUCUCAGGGCUUGCUCAGCGUGGAUUCAAUGAGAAAGCUCUUCAAUUGUUUGAGAAAAUGCAGCUUGAUUGUUUGAAACCUGAUAGUGUUACAGUAGCAAGCCUUGUGAGUGCCUGUGCAUCAGUGCAGGCACAUUAUAAGGGAAAACAGCUCCACUCAUAUGCAAUAAAGGCUGGAAUCUCUUCUGAUAUCAUUAUUGAAGGAUCUCUUCUUGACCUUUAUGUAAAAUGUUCUGAUGUUGAAACUGCCCGUGAAUUCUUCCUUACAACUCAAAAGGUAAACAUUGUCCUAUGGAAUGUGAUGUUAGUGGCUUAUGGGCAAAUAGGUGAUCUGAGAGAGUCAUUUAAGAUAUUCUCAGAGAUGCAGAUUGAAGGCUUGACUCCUAAUCAAUACACCUAUCCCAGUAUAUUGAGAACCUGCACGUUUGUGGGAGCUCUGGAUCUAGGGGAGCAGAUCCAUGGUCAAGUCAUAAAGACUGGAUUUCAGCCAAAUGUUUAUGUUUGUAGUGUGCUUAUAGAUAUGUAUGCCAAACAUGGAAAACUGGAUACUGCUCACAAAAUUCUCAGACGACUCAAUGAGAAAGAUGUUGUCUCCUGGACAGCUAUGAUUGCUGGAUAUGCCCAGCAUGAUCUGUUUGUUGAAGCCCUUACACUUUUUGAGGAAAUGCAAGACAAAGGGAUCCAUUCAGACAAUAUAGGAUUUUCAAGUGCCAUAAGUGCAUGUGUUGGAAUCCAAGCACUCAAUCAAGGACAACAAAUUCAUGCGCAAACAAUUAUCUCAGGUUACAAUAUGGAUCUUUCAAUUGGAAAUGCGCUUGUUUGUCUCUAUGCUAGAUGUGGUAGAAUUGAAGAUGCCUACUUAGCAUUUGAUAAAAUUGGUGCUAACGAUAAUAUUUCCUGGAAUGGGUUGAUAUCAGGCUUUGCGCAGAGUGGUCACUGUGAGGAAGCACUUAAAGUAUUCUCUCAAAUGAAUUAUGCGGGAGUUGAACCCAAUAUGUUUACCUUUGGUUCUGCAGUUAGUGCUGCAGCUCAUACAGCUAAUGUAAAACAAGGGAAACAGAUUCACGCUAUGAUUAUAAAGAUGGGAUAUGAUACAGAAAUCGAGGCAUCCAAUGUUUUAAUCACAUUGUAUGCCAAGUGUGGGAGUCUUGAUGAUGCCAAGAGAGAGUUUCUUGAAAUGCCUGUAAAAAAUGAAGUUUCUUGGAAUGCCAUGAUCACAGGAUAUUCUCAACAUGGAUGUGGUGUGGAAGCAAUACAACUAUUUGAGGAAAUGAAAGGGCUUGGCAUGAUCCCGAACCAUGUCACCUUUAUUGGUGUUCUAUCAGCCUGUAGCCAUGUGGGCUUAGUAGACAAGGGACUCAGCUACUUUAACUCCAUGACUGAAGAACAUGGCCUACAGCCAAAAAUAGAACAUUAUGUUUGUGUGGUAGAUAUUCUUGGACGAGCUGGCUUUCUGCCCCUGGCUAGAGAAUUCAUAGAGGAAAUGCCAAUUAAACCAGAUGCCAUGAUCUGGAGGACCCUCUUAAGUGCUUGCACGGUGCAUAAGAAUAUGGAAAUUGGACAAUUAGCUGCCUGUCAUCUUAUGGAGCUGGAACCUAAAGAUUCAGCAACUUAUGUUCUGCUAUCAAAUAUGUAUGCAGUUGCAGGGAAAUGGGGUUGUAGGGAUCAGGCUAGACAAAUGAUGAAAGUCAGAGGAGUAAAGAAAGAGCCUGGUCGUAGUUGGAUUGAGGUAAAGAAUUCGAUUCAUGCAUUCUUCGUUGGUGAUAGACUCCAUCCAUUGGCAGAUGAGAUUUAUGAAUUCUUAGAGGAUCUAAACAAGCGAGCAGCUGCAAUGGGUUAUGUGCAAGAUCGUUCUAGCCUUUGGAAUGAUAUUCAGCUGAGGAAGAAGGAUCCAACUGCGUACACGCAUAGUGAAAAACUGGCAAUUACUUUUGGGCUUCUAAGCUUGCCUAAUACAAUACCAAUACACGUGAUCAAGAAUCUUCGUGUCUGUAAUGAUUGCCACAAUUGGAUUAAAUUUGUUUCAAAAAUAUCAAAUCGGGCUAUUGUAGUAAGAGAUGCCUAUCGCUUUCAUCAUUUUGAGAGUGGUGUCUGUUCAUGUAAGGAUUACUGGUAAUUAUAACUUUGUUAUGGAUAAAAGUGAAUUACAAUAGCUUCAGGGCUCAAAAGUUCAUUUUAGACUCCAUGGAUUAAUUCACCCUCUCCUGUGGGUACCUGUUUGAUGGUGAAGGAAUGAAACAUACCAGAGACUCCAUUUGAUGGAUCUUUUGUGUGCCUGCCCUGUUGUCUGCAAAUCUUUUACUGAACACUCUAUCUCUCUCUCUCUUGGAUGGGCACAGACAUGCACCACAUGCUUCUACAUUUCCU